AUGGGAGACAUUUGCCUAACAGCUGACACUGAAGAAAGGAAAGGUCCUCAGUCCGGAGUCUCUAAUUCUGUUAUUCCCUUCAGGCCAACCAGCUACAGUGAGCCUUUGGUCAAAAGGAAUCUCACCACCGUGACAGAGUUCAUUCUUGUGGGCUUCACAAAUCAUCCUGAACUGGCAGUUCCACUCUUCCUACUGUUCCUCACUUUCUAUCUUGUCACUCUUCUGGGGAAUGUGUGGAUGAUUAUUCUGAUCCAAGUGAAUGUCCAACUCCACACCCCAAUGUACUUCUUCCUUAGCCAUCGUGCCCUCCUGGAUGCCUGCUAUGCCUCGGUAAUCACCCCGCAGAUCCUAGCCACACUAGCUGCGGACAAGACAGUCAUCUCCUGUGGCCGCUGUGUUGCUCAGUUCUUUUUCUUCACCAUCUGUGCAGGCACGUGUUACCUGCUGGCAGUGAUGGCCUAUGACCGUUUUGUCGCCAUGAGCAAUCCACUGCACUGCAAUGUGAUUAUGCCUCCAGGCACCUGCAGGGGCUUGUUAGCCGGGACCUACAUCUGUGGAGUGUCUGGGGCCGUUCUGCGUGCCACGUGCACCUUCACUCUCUCCUUCUGUCAAGACAAUAAGAUCAACUUCUUCUUCUGUGAUCUCCCACCCCUGCUGAAGCUUGCCUGCAGCAACAUGACGCAAAAUGAGAUUGCUAUUCUCUUCAUCGCAAAAUUCAUGUUCCUGGCGAAUGUCAUGAUCAUCUUGAUCUCCUACGUGUUCGUCAUCAGAGCCAUUCUAAGGGUGAAGCGUGCUGGUGGGCGAGCCCAGACUUUCUCCACCUGCACCUCCCACCUCACCACUGUCAUCCUCUUCUUUGGGACACUUGCCUUCAUGUCUCAGAGUAGUAAUUCAGACAAAUCCCCAGAGGAGGACAAGAUCGUGUCUGUCUUUCAUACUGUCAUCACCCCUAUGCUAAAUCCCUUGAUCUACAGUCUGAGGAACAACAAUGUGAAAACCCGCAUUCAGAAAAGUCAUUGGUAA